UAUCAGUGAGAGGAAUGUGAACAGAGUGGGCUGGUUGGUAUUGUAGAGCUGCAGUUUUGCUCUGGGGCUGAAAGAAAGACGCAGUUCCUCAUGUUUCCACCCCACAGCGUGUUUAUCCAGGUGAGCAGAUUCACCUCCACUCAGCAGGUACAGGUGCGUCCCACACACAGCUCACCAUUACACAGUAAACCGAAACUUCCUGGAACGACAAUGGCUUGACGGUCGAAACGAUAAUGAAAGUCGUUUGAGGAAUUAUUAGAAGAUAAAUCUCAACCCUGCGGAUCAAACCAGAGCUAAAGCUAAACAGAAAUGCGUAUACUUCUACUCGUGUUGUGUAAUCUCACUUUUUGUGGACACUCUGCGUGGGCAAGGAGCGUAAAGCUCUCAGAGCAGGAGGAAAGAAAUGCAGUGUUUGUGGAAGAGGAGGAGGCCAGUAAGUUCCUAGGGCGCCACCUGAUGUUCAACAGAUUCGACUUUGAAAUGUUCACUCCAGGAAACCUGGAGAGGGAGUGCAUUGAAGAAGUGUGUAACUAUGAAGAAGCGCGGGAGGUGUUUGAGAAUAUUCCAGAUACAGAUGCUUUCUGGAAAAAGUAUACAGAGGAUCAUACUCAGCGGCCAUCUAGACUGGAUAUAACGUCCCUGUUGGUGGGCCUCAUCGCAGGUGGAGUAGCUAUUGUCAUAAUGGGCUUACUCAUUUGGUACUUCUGCCAGAAAAGGUGUGGAAAAAGUGACCAGUUUGCAGGGCCCAUCAGGACACGAUCUAGGCGCAGUAACGCCUCUGUGAUUAUCCGGAGACUGGAGGAGGUUUCAUUGCAGCCCGUUGCUCUGCCACCUUCAUCAGGCGGGCUGGAUGACCACGGACUGCCCUCUUAUGAACAGGCCAUUGCUCGAGAUGGACCUCACGAUGGUCCACCACCCCCAUAUCCUGGGUCCAGACCAGGCACCAUUCGACGAUAACGUCAACAUUAACUGGGCACAGUUGGAUUGGGUCCGUUCUUGUUUCUCGUUUUUUUUUUUUGUUUUGUUUUGUUUUGUUUUAAACACACAAACUAACUGCAAUGCACUGCUAAUUUUAAACAACAACCUUUCCACUCAUUUCCGAGUCAUUUCUACAGCCGCUGGUCAUUCCUGGUUUUACACUAAUAACACAAACACAUUUGCCAAUAUAAUGAUGUUGAAGGGUUACAUUUUGUAGGGACCAGCCAGGCCAUUUUUGCCAGACACUGUAAUAAUAAUCAUUUAAUAUGCUGAAUAACUUUUUGUAUGCAGAAUUCAGACUUGGCUUCAUAUUUAUGCUAAAAGGUUUGAUGAAGGAAAAUGGUUUAUGAAGGCAUUACACUGUCAGACCUCACAGACCUUCUGCUAACUUUGAAUUACUGAACAAACCAGGUUUACCUCUUUUUACCUCUGCACGAAAUAGUAAGGAGUGGUUCAUUAGUUCAUCAGCUACUGCAUUAUGAAUUAUUGCUUCAUGUAUGAUUUAAUUAAUGCUGUGAUUAUUUUUUUUAUGAAUUUAAUUUCUCCAGUUUGCCAAUGCACACCAAGUAAAUCAGAACUACUGUGGUUAUUGCACUUUUUAAUGUUGCAAUUCACUCACUGUAAUCACUACUGACUUUUGGUUUUAUAAGGACCACUUCUAUUUGGACCAUUUCUAUGCUUCUGUGGUCUUUUAAUGUUUUGCCAGCAUGUCACUGUGUUAGAGCUUUAUUUUAAGCUAGUUAAAUAAUUAAGAAAUAAAUGACACUUUUUUUGUCUCAUUA